GUGCCUGUAAUAUGUAACGUCAGUCACAAAAUGAAUACAAUUUUUAUCUUCUUUAGAAAAUUACUUAAAUAGAAUUUCUAAAAGACACUUUGCAUUAUAAAUUUAUACUCUUACAAACAAUAAAAGCUAACAAGAUAUAUAAAAUAUAGUUCCGUCUCCAAUAUGACAAGUGUUAAAACUCGUAACGUCAGUCACACCAUAGAAAAGCUUUAAAUCACGCAAAUUAAGAUAAAAUUUAGUACAUAUGGAUUAAAUAAAUUCUUUGCACAUUCAGUUCAUUACUGCUGACCAAAACGCUUAGUAAAAUUGUAUUUGUGUCUGGUUUUGCGUUAUGUUUAAUUCACGAUGCCACUAACCGCAGCUCAAAGACAAGCUAAAAGUAGACAAAAAUUGAAAGAUACAGAUAAAUACGAAGAGUAUAAAAAAAAGAAUGCAGAACAACAACGAAUAGCGAGGGCUAAAAAGAAAAUAAAAGAAGAUCGGCUACCAACGGGUGAGAAAACCAAGUUGCAAGCAGAAAGAAGAAAGCAUGUCAGAGCACGUGUUGCUGCAUGUCGAGCACGAAAGAAGCAACCGAAAUCAAACUAUGUCUCACUCCCUACUUCACCAGCUUCUAAAAGUGCACUGGCUUUAGGAAGAGCUGUUUCCAGAGCAAACCGAGCAAUAACUCCAGCCUUGCCUCAUACAACAAAGCGCAAAAGAGCUGUUGUCCAAAAAUUGUCACAAAAAUUACAAGUAGAAUGUGGUACGUCCCAUGAUAAAGUCACUCCACAAACAAUUGCAAGAAAAAUAAGUGGGAAUUGGGUAAAUUCCCAUCAAUUUGGUAAAAGCGUUUUACGAACGUGAUGAUA